AUGCGAACUGCGGCAGAGAUCCGUCAGUUAUUUCGUUAUUGCAGUGGCUCCAUCCAUCUCGACCGUCCGCCGCCAGCUCGGUCGAACUCGGCGUACACCUCGGAGCUGGCCAAGCAGGUGCACCGGCUCAUCACGAAGCCGUCCCCGGCACGGCUGGUGCUGCUCCGGGCGACCGAGCGCGCCACCGGCGUGCCCGACGCGCAGCCGUACUACACCUGCUUCUACUGCGAGUGCCGGUUCGAGCAGCAGAGCACCCGCAACAGGCACAUGGGUCGGGCGCACAGGAGCGAGAUGAUCUGCUCCAGGUUGAAGCGGGAGAAGCCGGAGGAUGACCCGGACGACGUGGCCGUCGGAGUCGAGUCCGACAACAGCUGGCGUGAACCGAACAACACCAUUUGGAUGCCCGGCGUGCCGGCCGGAGACACGGGAGCCGAUGGCGAUUUCCUCUGCCCAGAGACGAAGCCUCGAGCAGUGGGGUCUCCGGCCUCGGAGUACCCCCUCGGAUCCGGCGGCUGGCAGGAGACGGACGGCACGGGAGCGGCAGGCGCCGGCAGGGGGUCGCCGGGGUCCGCUGCGCCCUCGGCUUCGGCAGCGCACAUCGAGGAGCGGCAACCGGCCAGCACGACGACAGCAGGCUCUGCCACGUCGACGGAACAGCUGGGCCGCAGCGACCGGUCGGCGGGGCUGAAGACGCAGAUCUCGACAGCUCUCGGAGGGCUCCUCGACCGAGCCCUCAACAACCGGCUGGAGAGAGGACUCAGCCCGGGCCUCAACCGACAGACGCCGAGCCAGCUGCAGGAGCAGACGACGCACCGCCCUGCGCCCACCUCCGCGUCGGGAGGGUCGUCGACGGGCCGGUGGCGACGUGUGUACAACACGGAGCUGGCGAAAAAAGUGCGACAGCAGCUGAUGCCGAUAUCUGCCCGCAAGUUUCCGGUCCGACGGCGUGCAGCUGUGGGCGCUGCCGGCAACUCCGACUCCCACCGCUACGCCUGCUUGUACUGCGAGAGCCGGUUCGACCAGCAGCUCAAUCACCAGGCGCACAUGAUACAGGUGCACAAGGACGAGAUGAUCUCCACCAAGCCGAAGCGCGUGAAGCCCGAGAAGGACCCAGGCGACGCGUCUGCCGGUGAAGACUCCGACCACAGUUGGCGUGAACCGAGCCCCACCUGUUUGAUGUCAGACGCACCCUGCGGAGACACGGGAGGUGACGGCAGUUUCAUCUGCUCAGAGUUGACGUCUUCGGCCCCCGAGUGCCGUGGCGAAUCGGACGGCCGGUCGGAGACGGACGGUGCAGGAGUGGCGGGUGGCGGCAGUGGCCCGUCAGAGUCCGCCGAGACUGCGUCACCGGACGCGACUGCCGACUCGUCGCGCGUGCUGACCUGCCCGCACUGCCUCAGACUGGUGGCGGGGAAGGACGCUCUGGCGGCACACGUCGCCGAGGAGCACCGGGCCAGCAUGACGACAGGCUCCACCACGUCGAUGGGACAGUCGGGCUGUAGCGACCGGUCGUUGGGGCUGAAGACGCAGAUUUCGACGGCUUUUGGUGGGCUGCUGGACCGAGCCCUCAACAACCGGCUGGAGAAGGGAGUCGGACCGAGUGACCACCUCCACAGCAUCGACGGACCGAUGCCGAGCCAGCUGCGAGAGCAGACGACUCGUUGCCCCGCGUCGGAAACGUCGUCGACGGGCCGGUGGCGACGUGUGUACGACACGGAGCUGGCGAAAAAGGUGCGGCAGCAGCUGACGUCCCAGCCUCCCCAGCGUGCAGUAGAUGGCUCUGCCAAAAACUCUGACUCGCAUCGCUUCGCCUGCUCGUACUGCGAGAGCCGGUUUCAGCAACUGAGCACUUACAACAGGCACCUGCUGCACGCGCACAGCAGCGAGGUGACCUGCUCCUGGUUGAAGCAGGAGCAGCCCGAGGACGACCCGGGUGACGCGUCUGCCGGCGAAGACUCUGAUCGCAAGUCCACACUUUCGGCCCCCGAGUGCCCUGGCGAAUCGGACGGACGGCCGGAGACAGGCGGCGCGGGAGCGGCAGGUGGUGGCGGUGGCUCGUCAGAGUCCACCGCGGCUGCCGAGGCCUCGGCUCCGAACGAGACUGCCGACUCGUCACACGUGCCGGCCUGUCCGCACUGCCGCAUACUGCUGGCGGGGAAGGACGCACUGGCGACACACGUCGCCGAGGAGCACCCGGCCAGUGUGGCGACAGACGAUUCCGCCGAGUCGACGGCGAUGCCGGGCUGCGGUGACGAUUCGAUAGAGCUGAAGACGCACAUUUCGUCAGCUCUGGGAGGACUGCUGGACCGGGCCCUCGACAACUGGCCGGAGAGGGGACUCGGCCGAGGUGGCUCUGCCCACCUCUCCAGCCCCGACUGGCCGACGCCGAGCCACCGGGGACCUGCCGGACAGACCCAGCCGCGGAAGGCCGACUCGCAGCGCUACGCCUGCUUCUACUGCGAGUGCCGGUUCGAAAACCUGAGCGCUCACAAGUGGCACACGAUUCACACGCACACGAACGAAAUGAUCUCUUCCGAGUCGAAGGGAGUGAAGCCCGAGGGCGACCCGGCUGAUGCGUCUGCAGGUGAAGACUCCAACUACAGUUGGCGUGACCUGAGCCCCACCAUUUGGACAUCGGACACACCUGCCGGAGGCACGGGAGGUGAUGGCGAUUUCAUCUGCCCAGAUUGCAGCAUCAGCUUCAGGACUCUGCCGGAAGUAGACGCACACCGCCAAGCGGAGCACGGUCGUCCCGAGUCCCCGCUGCGGGAGUCGGCGGCGUUGCGGGAUGCAGUCCGCGACGGCUGCGCGGAGGGAGACGCCGAGUCCGGUCGGGCCGCUCCUGCCUCUCCGCCCGAGGGAGAGCUCGUAGAGCGGCAGGCGACGGAGGCGCACCGGCAGGACUCGCAGGCCGCGUUCGACCUGACAGUGGUGGAAGCUGACCCACUCGUGCCUCCACAGCAAGAGAUUGAGACCAUAUUCGUCACGGAAGAGACUUCGUUCCUGCACGAAUGGGAGUCACCCGACGGCCUCAGUAUUGCACGGGAUCCCCUGAGCUUCGAGGAAGAGGUCGAAGGACCUACCGAUGAUCUGAUUCCUGUUUGUGAUCUGCAGACCAUUAAGACAGAGGUUGUUGAAGAUCCAUUAGCAGUCUCUGGGCUCAUCGACUGUAUUGAUGAGGAUCGAGACUUAGGUUUAGGAACGGAUACAACUGACGAAGAGGCAGCCACCAGAGGGCAUACUUCAGCUAUUACACGUACCACCGUCCCGACUUCGACCGGGCCGUCAGUCUCCGAGGUCGGCGGCAUCGGACGUGACGCCCCCGACUCGACCCACCUCGGCUCGGCACCGGACGUGGUACAGGUGACGGGCGACUCCACUGCUCCGGCCUCGACAUCCGGUGGCAGUGCCGACAGUGGUAACGGUGCCGCCGAUACUUAUAGAGGGGGAAUCGUCACGGGCAGCGUCGAAAAUGGGUCGGGAGAGGAGCGGCACUCUGGCGGUGCCGACUCGCCCGGUGCUGCCCACGUGAAGCCGCCAUUUUCCUAUGCGGAGCUCAUCGCGACGGCCAUAACCAAUUCGCCGAACAGGAGGGCGACGCUGUCGGAGAUCAACGCCUACAUCGUGAGUCACUUUCCCUACUACGAGCACAAGAAAGGCUGGCAGAACUCGAUUCGCUACAACCUCUCGCUCCACAGGUGCUUCGUCAAAGUGCCGCAGGAGGGCGGCAACCGCAGAGGCAACUGCCGGAGCGGCUAUCGCAAAGGCAACUACUGGAUGCUCGACCCGAAAUAUGAGGCCAUGUUCGAGAAUGGCAAAUUCCGACGUCACGGGCGCACAAAGUGGUCGCCUUGGAGGUGUCUGGGGGCGGCGACCUCCCCCGCACUGCCCUCGGGCACCGGUGCCGUCUACCGCCCACACUACGCGCACCGGAACGACCGCCAGCAGCCGGUAACACCCCAGUUGCGGGACGCCCCCGUCGCGUUACUCUUCGGGCCCGCACAACUCUGGGAAGCAGCUACUGCCGAGAGCGGGGGCGGAGACUUCGGCAUCGGAGACGGAGCCGUAUCGGCUCACGCCUACCUGCGAAAUGCGCGGUACGAGCAGAGGUCUAUUCAAACUUCUGAUGGGAACGACAGUGCUUCAUUUGAAGAAAGUAAUCGCCGAGAUGUGGCACCUGAUGAUGUGGUUGUGGAGCAAGAGAAGCCAACACCCUUCAUCAGUUGUAGUGUUCCGACACGAGGAAUUGUCUCACCAGAGGACAAUUCCAUCUGCAGUGCAGACGAUACGAGCACUACGGACAAUAAUGUAUCUGUCUUCACCUGCAGUUCGUGCCUACAGAGUUUUUCGUCAAAAUACAGCCUCGUAAUGCACGUGUUCCUCCACGUCGACGGUGUGGAACCGCCAUCGCACGUCUGUAGAUACUGUGGAGAUGUGUUUCUCACUCGUCGUGGCCUGAAUAAGCAUUUGAGGACGAAAGACGGUGACGAGACUGUGAGUGCACACACGUUUUCUGACACUAGAAAAAAGCUCGUCUAAUCAUCUAGGAGAGGGAUGUGUUUGUACAGGGGGUGAGUUACACCGAAGCAUUUACUAAGUCAAGAAAAACAACUACCGCCCAAAAUAAGUCCCGGGAAUUUCUCCUCCUGCCCUCACUAAAUAAAAUAUUUUUGUUUUGUUCCAUAAAUUACAUAAAUAACUGUAUAUUAACUCACAGCAAAGCUCUUCAGCUUUGAAUAUUGUCUGGUCAAAUAAUGUGUUUGUUUGUAUUAUAUAAAUUUUGUAAUUAGUUUAAGUUUGCUCAGUAAUGUUUGAUGAGUUGAUUUGUAGAUAUGGAGAUACUUUAUUUAAAUUCAUAUGUAUUCAGUGCUGCAUGUGUCGCAGAUACAGUGAAACAAGUUGAAUGAUACUUAAACGUAUACUGAAGAAACUGUGUUAAGUUUAUGUUCUUAAGUAUGUUACAUUCAUUGUAAUCUUUAAAGAUGUUGAAGAUAUUUUUGAAACUAUUACCUUCUUGUUAAUACUCGUGUUAAGCUGUAAAUGUUACCUGUGAAAUAUAGUAUGUACUUAUGUGUCAGCUGUUUCAUUUCCCAAAA